AUGGCACGAGAUAGUGAGUUCGCUUCCAGCGUAAAUGAUCGUGGACGUGGAAGAGAUGAAGACAGGGGUCGUCGUCGCGAAGAUUACGAGCCUUCUUAUGUCGGAACAGAAAGACAGUCAGAAUACCCAAGGCAGUCAAGACAGUCAGAAUAUUCUACACAAGCUCCACCGUCUUCGUCAGCGAGUACCAGACGAACAUCUUCUCGAAAACCACCACUUUCUACAACAAGCACCAGACGAACCACCUCCCGAAAGCCACCCGCUUCUCGACAUGGCGAAUCUGUAGCAGGAGGCUUUGUAGAUGUAUCCAAACCUCCGUCGGAAGUGAGUACUGUUGCAAAGAUUGAUGGUGGGAUGCACAAAAGCGUUAGUGUGGUUGGUAAGGAAAUAGAAAGAGCGGACAGGCUCAAAGGCAGGAGAGAUGAUACCGACGCUCGAGAACAAGCGGUGAGAGACGAUCGUGAAUGGUUGGCAAAAAACCAAGGUGUUCUUUCCGAUGAGCUAAGAAAUAAGAGAAUCCAUGACUUUAGCCAGAGCACAUUAGAUCGUACUGGGUUCGGUCGUCAACAGUCGUCUCAAGCUCCAACUAGUGUAACAGGAGCCUCCAGUGCAUCCCGGGGUACAGAAGGAGGCAGGUCCGGGCGAGCCAGAGGAGAAAGCACGGCGUCGAAAAGUAGAAAGCCCUAUCAGGAACCAGAGCCCGUUGUUAUGACCGCAUCGAUUCAACAUAGAUCUAGAAGGCUGACGAUGGAACACACUAGUAGGGGAGACACUACUGUAACACUUGAACAAAGGCACCAUUCAACUCAAAUCUAUUCAUCUAGUCAUGGUAGGAAAGAUGAGAGAGGUUCUUCGAGUUCUCAGCCAAUCCGCCCUCGGACUAUCAAAGAUUCUGUUUCGGGUGUAUCACUGAGCAGGAAUCAACCAACGUCCAUUACGGGUCAUUCUACACGCACUCCCUCAGUCUCUCAAGGGAGUAUUAGUGGUGAACCAGCCGCGAGAAAUCGCGCGCUUGAGUUCCGGCCGAAAGACUCACGAUAUGAUGAUAGCAAGUCAUCAGCAUCUGCUAGUACCGUCAGACCUGGCACGGUUAUCAGAGACAGCUUACCCAGCAAUUUCCCUGAAUUUUCGAAUUCCAAAUCGGGUGCUAAAACCAUCUAUUCGAGUUCAAAUGCUUCCCUUUCGAGGAAACCUGCAGCCUCACUCGCUGGCACUGAUUUAAGAUCACAGUAUUCGGCAAGACCCGAGAGUUCGCGCAAUGGCAGUGUUUUGAAUCCAGAAUCAGCGCCGGGUUCCGUUCGUCAUUCACGACCACCGACAGCUUAUCGUGACUACCCAAGUAGUGCUACUAGGUCUGUUUCCCAAGCUGGUAGCCGGAAGUCUCGGGAUCCCCACGAUGAUCGUUAUGAUAGAGAUCGUUAG